UCAAGGCCCCAUGCCUACUAGAUGCCCACUCUGCUAACCAAGCCGCAUCUCCAGUCCCUGUCCUCCGUUUCUCAAAUGGAGAAACGGAGGCCAGGAAGCAAGUGAGUGCUUACAGCCUCACUUCACAGUGAGUGAACCGGUGCUGGAUAGAACCCAGCCUUCUCAGCUCAUCUCAACUCACCUGUCGUCUCCCCAUCAGGUAGUGGGAGCCAGAAGGGAAAACCAGCUCCCGGUUGGCUUGUUGCUACAAGAUGAAAACUCUGGGCGGUUUAAGAGACCCCCUGUACCCAAGUCUGGACUUCCAGCUCUAUCAGGAUGACCAGGUCUGCUCAGCUGACUCUUCUCGGCCACUUCAAGACACAAGGGAUGCUUGUGACUUACCCUGGAGCCAGAGGAUGUGCCCCUUACCCCUGGUACCGGCUAAGUCUCCCUUGCCGGCUUGCCCCAAAAGCCCAGACCUAUGCCUGUGUGCCCUGCAGAAGACACCCCUAGGCAGAGCCCCACAGGAUCUCAGAGAGGACGCCUCAAACUUGAAACAUCAGCCACCAAGCCUGUACAAAGCCUCUACCGACAGCGAGAAACUCACAAUCAAAGACUCACGGAACAGAGAGGAGAUGGGAAACCAGCCAGAAAGAGGCUCCUCCCCACCCCUCCCUCCUCAUACCAGCUCCUCCCCAGAUGCCUGGCUGGACAGAAAGAGCCUCAGUCCCUUGACCUUCUGGCCCUGGCUUCCUCCCACUCUCAUCUCCAAGGAACUCCCUAUCCACAUCUACCCCAUCUUCCCUGGGUACCCAUUUCUGCCCCUCCCUUACCUAUUCACUUAUGGGGCCCUACCUUCUGCCCAAUGUCCGCACCUCUUCAUGCUGCCCCCCGACUCCACAUACCCCACCUGGGCUGGGCCUAGCUUGCUUAUGACAGCCAAUGAGCCUGAACCCCGUAUCCCCCAAGAGAAGAGCCUGCUUCUCUACUCAGGAGCUUUCCAGAGUGCCGGCCACACCCUACACUCCCAGGUUGGGAGUCAGAGCUCUGGAGAUGCCUGGACCCCGGGACAAGCUGGUGUGGCAGCUCCAGCAAGGAGGGCUGUGCCAGGCUCCCGGGCAGGUGUCAUAGCCCUGCCCUACCCUCUGAAGAAAGAGAAUGGUAAAAUCUUAUACGAGUGUAACGUGUGUGGCAAGAACUUUGGGCAGCUCUCCAACCUCAAGGUUCACCUGCGUGUACACAGUGGGGAGCGCCCGUUCCAGUGUGCCCUGUGUCAGAAGCGCUUCACCCAGCUGGCCCACCUGCAAAAGCACCACUUGGUGCACACCGGGGAGCGGCCCCACCAGUGCCAGGUGUGCCACAAGCGCUUCAGCAGCUCCAGCAACCUCAGGGCCCACCUCCGGCUGCACUCAGGUGCCAGGCCCUUCCAGCACAGCCUCUGUCCAAGUCACCUCACAAGGAAUGUCUACCCUAAGCUGCGCCACAGGCCGCAGGCUUCUCAGCGCCGCGACCUGGCCCACACCCACCUUCCCCGCGCCUCUCUCACCUACCUUGCCCAGUGGCACCCAGGAGUACUAGAUCUUGUGGAUGAGAAGCGGAUGGGCUGGAAUAUGGACAAGGUGUCUUCAGAAUCCAAGGGAAAGCAGGGGCAGCCAGCUUGAGCAGUGGUGCCGGGAUUUCUCUGGGAGCAGAGUGGUGGCAAUGAAAAUAUGGCCUAAGUGCUGAGUCGAGGCCUCCUGAGUGUCUCCAGUGGAGGGGAAUGUCCCUGUCAGAUCCCACUUGUCCCCUGGGAACAGCAGGGCACACAGGCCAUGUGGGGGUGGCUCCAGGCAGCCAUCUGCCUCAGGCUGGAUUUGGGUUCCACUCUCUUGUCUGUGACCUAUCUGGACCUGAGAUCUCUAUCUCAACUCACCAGUGGACAGUGCUAUCUUUCAGGACUGGAUGAAGGCAGUGUGUGCUCCUCCGGAGGAGGGACACCAGAGGCAGGAGGACCUCAGCCGUGAGGUUAUUAUCAGCUACCUUAGUUACCUGGUCUGGUGGACAGAGCAGUUACUUCAAGAGAAAUAACUGGAGAAUGAAGCAAGAAUGGGUUUGUGUGUUGGCCAACCACCGGACACGUUGCGUUCCUUCCUGAACACCUUUCCCAAUCCCUCCGAUUGUCCUGUGGGUUCCUGCCUACCGUUUUCCAAUUGCAGUUCUUUCUCAGCCCCAAGUAGAGGUCAGCUGGUGUUACCUGCCAUCAUCGGGUGGGAUGCAAUUCUCCCUGGAAUCGGGGUAAAAAAGGAGACAGAAGAUAU